AUGAUAUCCCUUUAAGAGCAACUGGGACAUAGCGGUGCAAGAAAAGGAGAGGAGGGGGAGAAGAAAGAGGAUUUAAAAAGAAAAGGAAGAAAGAUACAUGGAGGGAGGAGGGAGAGCGAGCAAUAAAAAAAGAAAGAUGACAUCCUCGCAAUUGAACAGCCGAGGUGGAGCGAUAGGCUGCGUCCCGGCGCGAGCGCUCUUAGCUUAGGGUCAGGGCUUGAAUCCAACAACGAGGCUUCGACAAAACAAGCGAUUGGCCUGUUGGGGGAAAUCGGAAGAAUAGAUUCAUAAAUUAAAAUAAUGAACUGCUACUCUUUCGAAUGCGUUUAUUGUAACACUGAUAGUAGUUGUCAUUGUGCGUAAUGCAUUACUUUUAAUUUUAAGAUCGACCUAUUAUAUGACUACGGCUAUAUAAAUAACAUUGAUUUUGUCCUCACAGAUAUUUGGUUUCAAAGUCAUCAAUGCCAAGAGAUAUGCAUUCCUUAUGCUUUGAUAAAAUUAAAGUUUGAAACCAAAGUCAAAGAUAAAUAGGCCACUAUUGGAGCUGGCAAUUCCACUCAGGCAGUCAGCCUAGACGAAACGCCUGCGUGAAUUUGAAUAGCUUGAAUACGCCUGUUAGAUAAAUAUUUUAACAAUGUACAUUUUUGAUAGUUGCAUGUCCCUUUCGGAUGAUCAAUAGCAUACUUUUCUUGUUGCAUUUGAAUACUGUCAACAUAGAUCUUCUCGCCACAAUCAUCAACAGUGCGAUUAAAUAUUAUGUCAACGGUUUACUGUCGGAUCGCCAUCAGGAUUACUUAGCUGAUUUUAUACUCUUCAUCGCUUUGGUGCAAAAUGGAUGCUGCUUGGAGCAAUUUUCUCUUCCAGACUACUCCCACCCAAAACCAAGUGGAGGGGACCCUCCAAUCAGAACUCUUACCAGUCCAUAUGGCCUCUCCUCAGACCCCUCCCACAGAGCACAUAGUCCAUCCUCCUUCCACGGUGGACACUGCUGCCCUCAAUGAAGAACCCUUACCUGUGAAGACGGUGUCCCGGCCUGCCCGUGUGCCCCACAUCUGUGCCAUAUGCAGCAAGCAGUUCAAGAACAACUACAACCUGCGGCGACACCAGUCGGUCCACACCGGGGUACGCAUGAGGCGAGCAGGGGAGCAGGAGGAGGGGGCAAAGGAAGGUGGCAAUGGUGCCGGGCCAGCGCAGGUGGUGUCGGGAGGUAGGACGGAGAGGUACACGGUCCCCCUCACCCUGCUCCACCUCUCCGUUCCUCCCCCUCUCCCCCCUCCCAGCGUGCUGGCGUCCCAGCAGCCAGCUGUGGGUAGUCAGGAUGGCGAAGAGGUUGCCAUGGCAAGCGUAGUGGCUAGCGUUAACCCCCAUGCUCCUCCUGCAGCUGUUGACAUGGGGGCGGGGGCGACAGCACAGCGGCCAUCGAACCCAAACCCUGUGCGGAAGAAUCACGCAUGUGAAACGUGCGGGAAGGCCUUCCGAGACGUGUACCACCUUAACCGACACCGUCUCUCCCACUCGGAUGAGAAACCCUUCUCCUGCCCCAUCUGCCAGCAGAGGUUCAAGAGGAAGGACCGCAUGAGCCACCACGUGCGCUCUCACCAAGGUGGUGUGGAGAAACCCUACGUGUGCCCCCACUGUGCCAAGGCUUUCUCCAGGCCCGACCAUCUCAACAGUCACGUCAGACAAGUCCACUCUUCUGAACGACCCUUCAAGUGUCCGGUACUUGAUACGUGCGAAUCUAGCUUCGCCACGAGGGACCGGCUACGUGCCCAUAUGAUCCGCCACGAAGAGAAGGUCCCGUGCCACAUAUGCGGCAAGCUCCUGUCUGCUGCCUACAUCACCGAUCACAUGAGGGUCCACAACCAAUCGCAGCACCACGCCUGCCAUCUCUGUAACCGCAGCUUCACCACUCUGACAUACCUGCGCGUCCACGCCCAAAAGCACCACGGCCAGGAGUGGAAGGAGAGCGCUGGCGUCUUCGGCGGCACGGGCUCCGGCGGUGUCCUUGUGUGCCAGCUGUGCGGGGUGCACUGCAAGACCCCCACCCAGCUGCAGGGCCACAUGGGCACCCACAGCACAGGGGGCCAAGGGGGAUCUCCCAGCCCUGUCACCUCUAGUGGGGCAUCCAGCUCCUCCAUGUCCCUUGGCAACAUGGUGUCCGCCCCAAACUUCUACAUCAGCGGCAACACGGUGGUGGACCUGCUAGUGUCGGAUUGCUCCAGCAUCCAGCCUCAGUCCCAGAGUUAGCAGAGUGGAGCCUCAUUUGAACCACAGCCCCUUGAGUCCCUAAGUCCUAUAGUGAGAGGUUAGGAGGACAAAGGGGGCUUGCUUAGGGGAGAGCCACAGUAAAGAAUGUGGCUACUCAAAGUCCCAUAGCUAGUGGAAAAGGGGGAAAGGGACAGAGGGGGCUGGCUUUGGGGAGACAGAGGCAGAGAGAAAGUAUGUGAGAACAGUUAGGAGAAUGUUGCGAGAGGGGGGGGCAUAUGUCCCGUACGCUGCUGAUUCGAUGACC